AUGAAGGACAGACUAGAAGAGCUACAGAGCCAAGUUAGCCAAGGAGGGGACCCUUCUGAGCUGGAUGAUACUCAGACCUUUGACAAUUCUGCUUUCAAGGAUCAUGAGGCCAAUCCCAUGGAGAAGUUUUUCCAGGAAGUGGCCAGGCUUUCCUUGGCACUGAAUGAGCUGGAAGGAUUGUCGGAGUUGAUAGACAGGAAGCAGCAGGGGGUACUGUGCUGUACUACAGAGGAGAGCGUGCUGGGGGCCAAGCACGAGCUAAGCCUGCUGAAAGGCUUUUUUGCCAGCCUGGCCCGGUGUGUCCAGCCCCAGCUCAGUGCCAUCCAGCGAGAACUGGCCCCCGAACAUCAGGACUGGAGAGUGGAGCACCGCAUCCGGCAGAGCCAACUUGCAGUGCUGAUUGGCCGCUACCGAGACACCAUCAGCUGCCACUAUGCCAAGGAGACUCAGUGUGUGAGGAUGCUGAAGGAGAAAACGGUGAGACAGGCUGAGCUGGCGGGCCUGGAGCUGCGCGAGGAAGACAUUGAGCAGCUGGUGGCCAGCCGAUUGUUACCUGGAAUUGUGGGCUGGGACUUAGAUAUGCCGAGGGCCAAGCAGCACCUGGUCAUGGCCCACAUGCGCCACCAGCAGCUGUUGGACCUGGAGGGCCAGCUGGGGGAGCUGCAGGCGCUUUUCCUCCAGCUGGACAUACUCAUCUCCGAGCAGCACGAGCUCCUGGACAACAUAGAAUACAACAUCUUGCACACCCAGGACUACGUGGCCCAGUCGAAUGUGAUAGUCAAGAGGGCCAUCAAGUACAAGCGCCAGUCACGGCUGUCGGCAGCGCUGUCAGCUGUGGUGGGCCUCUGCACCUGCUGCACAUGCCUGGCCUGUGUGCCCAAGGGGCUGUGCUGA